AUGUCGUUUAUCCGGGUCAUUGGCCGUCGCCGCAGCCGACUCGGCAUGCUCGUGCUCUUUGCCUUUUGCGUGCUGAUGCUGCUUCCGACGCCUCGACACGAGCUUGGCAGCGCCCUUUACUUUGUCCUCUUCUCGCCGUCCGGCCACCUGCCGCUGUCGACGUUCUCCUCGUCGUUCCAGGGCUCAUCGUCUUCCUUUGACGUCAUCCGCUACAUCAACCCGCUCAUCGGCACCGUCAAUGGCGGCCACGUCUUCCCCGGCGCCACUUUGCCCUAUGGCAUGGCCAAGGCUGUCGCCGACACCAACAGUCCCGCCGAGAAUGCCGCCGGCUUCGUGUCCGACUACAGCGAGAUUACUGGCUUCUCGCACCUGCACGACUCGGGCACCGGUGGCAGUCCGUCCAUGGGCCAGUUCCCCAUCUUUGUGCACCCCGGCUGCCCACAGAACGACUACAGCAAGUGCGAGUUCCCGGCCUUUCGGCGCGCCGUCCACCGCCGCAACAACACCGCCCGCGCCAGCCCUGGGUACUUUGCUAUUGAGCUCAACAACUCGGUCAGUGCCGAGAUGACGGCCACACAGCAUGCGGCGCUGUAUCGGUUUUCCUUUCCAGAUGCCGUGGCAGCUGAUGCGGCGGCUGCCAAGGCACCCAGAAGCCCCGGAACCCCCAGCGCAGCCACAUCGCCUCCGUCUCUCCUCCAGCUGUGGUGCGGCGAUGCCUACGUGCCGUAUAGUCCACUGGUCUUGAUCGACCUGUCAGACCUGGGCAACUCGCGUACAGGCGGCGGCAUCCAGGUCUACCCCGACGGCCGCAUCAUCGGCGACGGCCGCUACCAGCCGUCUUUUGGCAUGGGCCAGUACUCGGCCUUUUUCUGUGCUGACUUCCGCGGUGCUGCGAUACGUAAGACGGGCGUCUUUGCCGGCACACGUGUCUCGGACGCCGUCAACUUUAUUGGCAACUUGGGCGAGGGCUAUUUCCGCGAUCCCCGGGGCGCUGCCGGUGCCUGGAUCCAGUUUGAGCCACCAGCUGCCGGUUCCGACCACACCAUCACGGCCCGCGUCGGCAUGUCGUUUAUUUCGACGGACCAGGCCUGUGCCAACGCCGAGGCCGAGAUCCCGGACUGGGACUUUGACGGCACGGUCCAUGCUGCCCAAAACGCCUGGCGCGACAAGCUGUCGCCCAUCCGGGUCGACGCCACCGGUGUGUCCUCGGCCAUGCAGACCACAUUCUGGUCCGGUCUCUAUCGCUCGCUUCUGUCGCCGCAAAACUACACGGGUGAGAACCAAAAAUGGGACUCGGACGAGCCCUACUUUGAUUCUUUCUACUGCAUCUGGGACUCGUUCCGCGCCCAGCAUCCGCUGCUCACCAUCAUCGAUCCACCCGCUCAGACGGAAAUGGUGCGGGCCCUGCUCGACAUUUUCCGGCAUGACGGCAAGCUACCUGACUGCCGUAUGAGCUUUUGUAAGGGCUACACACAAGGCGGGUCCAAUGCCGACGUUGUCGUGGCCGAUGCCUUUGUCAAGAACCUGACAGAGGGCAUCGACUGGGCAACGGCCUAUGCUGCGGUGGUGUCGGAUGCGGAGGUCGAGCCGGGCUUCUGGGGCGUCGAGGGCCGCGGCAGCCUCGAGAGCUACCACGCUCUGGGCUUCAUCCCCUGGAACGACAACGACGUCAACGGCACGGGGCCGAUGAGCCGUAGCAUUUCACGGCUGGUCGAGUACGCCUACGACGAUUUCGUGAUCUCCGAACUGGCCAAGGGGCUUCAAGCCUUGGGCGGGGUCAAGAGUACCAUCACGCCGACGGGCCAACAAACACUUGGCCAAGCAACGUCAGCUGAUCUGAGUUUCAACCCAUCCCGCUUGGCCGUAGAUGCCGACAAGUACCAUGGCCGUGGCGCCAACUGGCGCAACCUUUGGAACGCCGAGCAGCGCGACCUAUACCGCGAUGCGCAGGACGAGAUCGUACAGAGUGACUUUGUCGGCUUUCUGCAGCCCCGCCUCUUAAACGGCACCUGGCGCUACCACAACACGCGCCGCUGCAGCCCCGUCUAUGACAUGCACAGCUGUUACUACGAUACGGCCUACGAGACCUACGAGGGCAGCCCGUGGCUGUACUCGUUUUACGCUCCGCAGGACAUGCGCACGCUUGUGCGCCUCAUGGGCGGGCCCGCCACAUUCGCACGCCGCCUGCACUAUUUCCACGAGUCCGGCAUUGCCUACAUGGGCAACGAGCAGACAUUCUUGCCCGUCUUCCAGUUCCACUACGCCGGCCGGCCCGCCCUCAGCAGCUACUGGGCCCACCGCUACAUCCCCUCACUCUUCAAUGCCACCGUCAACGGCAUCCCCGGCAACGACGACUGCGCUAUGGGCGCCUUUUCAGCGUUUGUGUACAUGGGCUUCUUCCCCGUGGCCGGCCAGAACGUGUACCUACUGACGCCGCCCUUCUUCCGCGAGGUCCGCCUGCGCGCUCGCAAUGGCCGCGACGCCGUGUUCCGCGUGCUCAACUUUGACCCGACGUACGCCAGCAAAUACAUUCAGAGCGCGACACUCGACGGCAAACCGUAUACGCGUAACUGGAUUACGCACGACAUCUUUUUGACGGGCGGCGUAGUCGAAUACGUCGUGGGGCCUGAGGAAAGUGCCUGGGGUACGCACGACGAGGACUUGCCGCCAAGCUAUUAUGAAGGGGAGUAA